AUGGAGCGCUUUGCGGAGCUGGCCGCCGAUAUACGCAUCCAAACUUUUGCAGCAUCCGUUGCGCUGAUACAAAUGGUGUAUCAGCUAUUUGCAUCUACUUUGUAUGCUGGCAAAUCGGACGAGCAGAUGCGGAAGCGCUCUUGGAUUAUCACGACCUUCUCUGCUUUCCUAGUGUCCUGCGUCUCUCUUCCGUACGUGUUCGAUCUGCUCUAUUCUGGAAUGUUAUGGACGGAAGUGACGCCACAUCGCGAAUUGAUUGCGGACCCGCUGACCAUGUUUUUCACGGCUUACCUCGCCUCUGAUUUAGGCGUCGGGAUGUUGUGCUAUCGCAAGUUUGUCAAUGUGUCGAGCGGGUGGGUUCACCAUAGCGUGUACAUUGUGCUAUGUCUGAUCCUGCUCCGCAACCGGUGGACGAAUUGUUUUGCUACAGGGUUAAUUAUGGAGGUUCCGACGUGGAUCAUGGGGAUAGGUGCCUUGAAUCCGAAGCUGCGCUCCUACUGGGCAUUCACCCUCUCUUUUGUGCUGACCCGCAUUGUAUUCCACGCUAUUGUCAUCUACUCUUUGGUACUUCCCACGGGCCGCUAUGUAAAUGCAGCGCUGCCAAGCUUUGGACCGCUUAUCAUUUGUUCACUUGCUUUUCCCAUGCACGUUGUAUGGGCGUACAAGAGCAUUCGCAGCCUUAUCCGGCGCAUGCACAAGCUGUCUGCACAGGCAAAAGAGCUUGAGUUGGAGCGCAAGGCUGCAAUUGAGGAAGCAACUCGCAUGCUGGACUCGGCAGAUAGUCUCCAGCAGCAGCAGGGGAUUUACCAGCUCAGCCAGACACUCGGAACCGGGACCAGGGCAGAGCCCGAGGUGCGCGCACGCGCGCGCGCGCUCGUUUCCAACGCCGUAUACAAGCUUUGGCACAAUGCGCCAGAGGCUUGGCGGAAAUCAUACUCGGAAGAGAUUGAGCAGUGCAAGCAGCAAGGUUUGGACGUGGCGAGCAUGCCGAGGAGUACAUUGGUCCGACGCGCGCUUGGGCGGCAUUUGCUGGACCGCAGCAAGCGCGGCCACAAUAUCCCCGCGGUGAACGAGGACGACGAAGAUGACCUGGAAGACUGGAUGUCGGUCACGUCGAUGAAUGGACCGGCGCCUGCGCACCAAAUUCCCAGAGGGGGGCGCAAAGUGUCUUUGGGGAAAGGAAUCAAUAUCAGUAUGCCGCGCGAGUUGGAGCCGCUUUUGAACGGGCAGAAUUACAUUGUGAGCGAGUUCCCUGUCGAGCGCGAAAGAGGCACGCGGCGUCAAAGGAUCGUGGGAGAGAUGCGCCGCAGGCUAGAAGUGGCACGCCGCGAUAUGGUAGUUUUUUGA